AACCUAUAGUUAACCUAACAUAUUUGACAGAUUGAUUUUUAAUCACAACAAUGGUAACAACAAAAUAAGUAAAAGUAAUGAAAUUAUUGAAAAAUUAUUUAAACAACAUGUAUAAUGCCUUUUAAUAAGCAUAUCAAAGACGAUAACAGCCACAAUAUUACACUAGGAGAAAGUAAAACUUAAAAUGAAUAUGUUGUUGAAAUGCCGAAUACAAAAUUUAGCCAUUAUAUUUUCAUUUCUAUCCGGGAUAUUGUUAACAUUAUCAGUAAUAAAAUUUGAACAAAAAUGUGACACACAUUCAGAAGCAUAUAGUCAUUAUAGUUUGCGACGAAUAAAACCAGGUGUAUAUGACUUAAUCAUACUAAUAAUAUCAAGUCCAACAAAUGGUGAUCGACGACAAGUAAUACGUGAAACUUGGCUACAAUUCGAAGAUAAAUUACAAUACGAUGCAGAAAUUAAUAAUUUCCGUAUGAAAUAUUAUUUCGUUAUUGGUAGCAUAAAUUUAAAUGCUGAUACAAUAUUACACUUAAGUACGGAACAAUCAGUAAAUAAUGAUUUACUAUUUUUAAAUUUAAAAGAUGAAUAUUCAGCAUUAACGUCGAAAGUUUUAAAUAGUUUAAUAUGGCUAAAUGAACAACAUAGUAAUAAAAAUUUUGAUUAUAAUUUUAUGCUAAAAUGUGAUGAUGAUACGUUUGUUCGUAUUGAUAUAUUAGCUAAAGAAAUUAUUUCAAUGCGUGCAUCUUUAAUUAAAGAUAAAGCAAGGUCAAUGGAUAAAAUUAUCGAUAUAUUAGAAGCGAAUUCAAAGGAAUUAUCAGCUAUAAGCAAGGAACAAAAACAAAUCACACAUUUAUAUUGGGGAUAUUUUAAUGGUGAUGCGAAAAUAAAAAUGCAAGGAAAAUGGAAAGAAACUGAAUGGAUAUAUUGUGAUCGUUAUAUACCCUAUGCCUUAGGUGGCGGCUAUAUUUUAUCAAGUGGUCUUGUUACUUACAUUGCAAAAAAUGCUAAUUAUUUAAAAUUAUUAAAAUCGGAAGAUGUUAGUGUUGGAUUAUGGCUAGCACCAGUUGCAAAUAUUGAACGACAACAUGAUAUACGAUUUGAUACAGAAUGGACAUCCAGAGGUUGUAAGAACACUCAUAUUAUUACUCAUAAACAUUCCAUCGAAGAUAUGCGAACUUUAUAUAAAAAUAUUGAAAGUACGGGGAAUUUAUGUAAAGAAGAAUUUACUCGAAGACCAUCGUAUGAAUAUAAUUGGGAUGUUCCACCAAGUCAAUGUUGCCAACGCGAACGGAACGAGAAUAUGAAACCGUGAUUAAGUAGGAAUAGUUCAAUUCUUCAUUUAUCUUUAUAUAAUUUUUUCAAUGAGUCAUCAGGGUCUAGUGAUUCUAUGCAUUACUAAGAUAGUAAGUUUUUUCAAGUCCAGCAUAAUGGGACUUUCAUUUUAAUUUUUGAUAAAAGACCAAUCUAUAAUUUUUAAAUAAUGAUAUAAAUGUGCCUAAAACACUAAAAGAUGUCAUAAUUAUCUUUUUUUUUUGUUUAUCUAUUUGAUCAAUACAUGUUCUUCUAAAAAUGGGUCUGAACUCUGAUCUAGGUGUCAUUCAUAUCAAUUGUUGAAAUUCCCUUCAAACAAUACUAUUAUAUCCUACUUGAGAUAUUCUAGUGUAGAUAAUUUAAUUGAAAUUGGAUCAGAUCGCCGUUGUUAUCAACGAUAAAAAUACAAAAUUGAUAAAAGUUGCUUAUAUAUUUUAGAUCGAAGCAAUCUUUUAAAUAGAGUUAUAUGUAGAUAUCAGAUUCCCCAUUAAAAUUAGCUGCAAAUAAAGACAAAGUGACUAAUUUAUAAGCCAUUUAUCAAGUAAAUUAAGUUUUGUAUGGCAAACAAAUUAAAAAAUUUAAAUCUUUAAAGAAAUGUUUCGAAAUAAACGUGAAUAAAGAUCGAAUUGAAGAUGACUACACGGCUCAGAAUCUUCCGCAUUUAAAAAAUUCAUUUGAUCCAACAUUCUAACACGACUUCAAAGCCAUAAUCUUUUAUAUAUUGCAUUAGUUGAAGAAGAUGAAUCAAAAACGAGGUUUCAAGGAUUUGAAAUACAAUGGAACACAUAUCAGCUUACUUUCUGAACAUCAGAAAAUCUUUGAAUCUUAAAGAUUCCGAUUAAGGAUUGCCUAUUAAUGCUUCGAGGAACUAAAUCUUCUGGCAUUGAUUGACUGAGUAAAGUAGAUUUGAGUAUUGAGUCUUUCAGGCUCAAUGGAAAGGUACUUUCCCCACACUAGUACAAUAAAAACAAUGCAAAAUUACGAUAUUAUAUUCAUAUGUUCAAGAGAAAUUUGCCAUUUUGUGAUCCCUUUACCGCGCUUGAAAAUUGGUGACUAAAAGUUUGGCGAUAGGCAUUAAAAAGUUAUUUUAAUAUUUUGAUAAUUAUGACAUAGAUUGAACAAUUAGGCUUUUUAAAAUGAAUAAUCACGGCCUUCAUUUUUAAAUGAUUUUUAUCAAAUAUUUUAUAAUAUAUAUUCCCAAAAAAAUUUACAAUUAUUAAUAAUGUAAUUAUUUAUGCGCUGGUCGUAAUCACGCAGAAGUUAGAUGAGGUUCAACAUUUAUAUCGUGCCUCUGUGGAAUAUAUCUACAAGAUAAAAAAAAUUUUCAUGUUAGCCUGAUUUAUUUAACGAGUUUAAGUACGUAAUACAUAAAAUAUUUUCAUCUACUAAUAAAAGAACCAAUGAGCACCAUGUGUAUCCUUAAUAUUCAACGCGCACUGAAUUGUUAGCUACUUUUUAUUGGGCGCUUAAAUGCUUUUGUUCUUCACGUUUAUAAAUGUUCGUUUAGAUAAGACGUUGGAUUUAACAAUAUUAAGAAAAAAUCGUUUCAGAUCUUAGGAACGAGGUUUAUAGACGUUGAAACUUGCACAGGUACAAAACGAGUACAACAUUAAAGUUUUUGCUUUUACUGGGAGUCACAGAAAAUCGAAAAAAACAAAUAUAAAUUAUAUAGUAAAAAAACAAUUAAUUUUUCUUUUAAAAUUAUUUAACUCAAUGAAUUACGCACUCAAAUCUUAUUUUUCUUAUAAAACGUGUCUCUGUAAAAUUUAUUCUGAGUAUAGCGAGUCAAAAUUUGUGUAUUUAUAGUUUCAUUCCUUUUGUGUUUCAAAAUUGAUUAUCUUCCACCUUAAGGCUUCUGCUUAUGAUCCACUAAUUUUUUAAUCUGU